AUGGGACUGUUACAUCACUUUCUUGGUAUUGAAAUUUAUCAAGGUGAUGAUGGAGUAUUCAUUUUUCAAAGCAAGUAUGAUGAAAAGGUUCUCAAAAAAUUCAGAAUGUUGGGAUGCAAAUCUGUAGCUACUCCACUAGAUCUCAAUGAGAAAUUAAUGAAAGAAGAUGGUGGUAAGAAGGUGGAUGAAACCUUGUACAGAAGCUUGGUUGGAAACUUGUUCUAUCUUACUGCUACAAGGCAAGACAUCAUGUUUGCAGCAAGCUUACUGUCCAGAUUUAUGAACAGCCCCAGUCACAUUAAUUUUGGGGCUGCAAAAAGAGUGCUACGGUAUGUGCAAGGCACCAUGGAUUAUGGACUGAAAUAUGACAGAGGAAAUGAAGUAAAACUGAUUGGUUUUUGUGAUAGUGAUUGGGGAGGAUGUGCUGAUGACAUGAAGAGCAUAUCUGGUUAUUGUUUUUCCUUUGGUAGUGGUGUAUUUCUUUGGUGCUCAAAGAAAUAA